AGCGCCAUCGUUAAUACCAUUAUUAUUGGGGUAUACUGAAUUAAUUAUUUUACUAAAACUACAACUGGAGGGCUCCCCUCGUCAGUAGUCGGCCCUGGCCACAACAUAUGCGAGUGUUUACAUGCGCUGUCCGCGACUCGCUUCCGCCCAUCCACGGCAUCCACCGACCACCAGUACACCUCAGUACACCUACGCGUUUGUGUAAGUUUCAUUUUUUCAUGCUCCUAUUGGAGAGCAAGAACGACGGCAACGACGACAACGACGUGCAUCAAGUGAGAAACGCGUGAUCUCUAUGAGAGGACGCGCAGUUUAGUGAAACGAGAAAGAGAAAGAAAUACAAAAUCCACCGCAGCGUCGUGCGAUCGCCGUAACGAUGGGUGGCUACGCGAGCAAGAUCGCGUCAAUGUCGAACCUGGCUGUGCACAACGUCUACCGGGGUUGCAAGCGAAAAUACAUCGAGGAGUACGACUGUGACUCUGAGUCCGAUUACAUCGAGCGGACGUUGCACACGCCGAAAAAGAGAAAAUUGUUGACAACGGCGCAGUACAUAUACAAGACCCUAUUCCAAGAGGAGAAAGGCAGUGACAUAACUGUUCUCAUACUUGGACGUGCAUGGAGAUUGCAUAAAGUUUAUAUUAGUCAGAGUCCAUAUUUUGCUAGCAUGUUUUCUGGUUCUUGGAAGGAGGCUAACGAAAAAGUCAUCAGUGUUGAAAUCACAGAUCCUAAUAUUACAAUAAAUUCAUUGUCUGUGGUAUUGGGCUCAUUAUAUCAAGAUGAAGUCAGUUUGGAGCCAAAGGAAGUGGUUUCUAUCCUGGCAACUUCUACCCUGUUUCAAUUACAAGGCUUAAUAGACGAGUGUGUAGACAUAAUGAUAGAAACUACAAAUAGCGAGACUGUUGUGUCAUAUUAUAAUGCAGCUGUGUCGUAUGGUGUGCCUACUGUGAAAGCAGCUGCGAAACGUUGGCUGGAGGUCAAUCUAUUGGGUUAUGGAUGGCGACAUCCGUCCUUUCUGAAAGAAAUUUCACCAGAUCUGAUGACAGAAUUAGUGACCAGUCCUGAUUUAGUUGUUUUGCAAACAGAAUUUUGCAUAUACAUGAUGUUACGCUUAUGGUUAUUUGCACAUAUACAUGAUUACGAACAUGAAACACUAAAGAUUGACGAAUUUUUCAAAAAUCACAAGUGGACUGAACCGUUUUUAACAACUGAAGAAGGCAAGGAAUACGCAGCACCUUUCAAAGCAUUAAGAAUGAAAUAUUUAUUGUUACAUGAACAAGAUGAUAAAAUUUUAUACAGUGAUAAUUUAAUACCACCAGACUGGCUACAUAGUGCUUACAGAGAACAAUGGCUUCACUUAUUAAGAGUGGAUGGAAAUAAAGAUAGAGGUCCAGUACAAAUGACGGAAGAGGAAUUUUCCAAGGAGUGCUAUCGGUGUGGUAGAUGUGUCGAGAAACCAGGUGAACACAUUUGGAGGUGGAAAGCAUUUCACUAUGGGCUAGAUUUACUAAUGACUUUAGAUACAACUAGCCUGCGGAUUGAAAGAAAUCACAGAAUAGACUGUGAGCAUAUCAAGGCAAAUCACAAAGAGCAUAAAAUACUGAUAAAAGUUUGUUUAUUUUCACUGAAUGAACAACGCCAAGUGAAACAUGUCCAAGACUCGCGUAUACUGAGAUUACGUUUGAGAAGGAACACAGAACACGAAAUAAUGGCCCUGGACAAACAGCUAUGUUAUCCUUUGUACAUAUCGGUCAACAUGCAACUAGUCACUCCACUCACAUUAGGACAAGAAGACACAUCAACUGACAUACUUUCGGAUACUUAGCAUUUCGAGAAUGUAAUGCUUUAUGAACAUGUAAAGAUAAAGGAUGUGGGAUCCAAUUGACGCUUUGUAAUAUAUUUUGUUUAAUUAUUACGAAUUUUAGACGAAAUUCGUAGACACACGUUACUAUUUGGCACAACACUUAAAUAAGAAAGAAAUAUGGAUUUCUAGAAA